GGUGGACAAAGGUGCCUGUGUUUUAUGAAACAUCCUCCCCAUCACAGAACUUAACAGCACACAUCGGCACAGAGACAGAGAGAUGAGCAAUACAUCUAAAGAUCUCCUGAUCAUCUACGAGUCAGAGGCGGAGCAGUGGGCAUCAUACCUGCGCUUCCACCUGGUAGGCCCUAUUCCUCAGGCUGGCAUCUGUUGUUAUGAUAUUGCUAUGGUGACCAGUCGCCAGGAUGACUUCCUGCAGCUGGGGGGUUACAAGUGCAAGCUGCUUAUUCUGUCACGGGGCAUGUUGGAGGGGCUAUGCCAGCUCCAGAGGUUCUUCCUGGCUCGUGUAUUGCGACCGGAGACCCGUGUGGUGAUUCUCCUGUGUGGAGUGGAAAGCCUGGAUCCUCUGCUGGAACUGGUUCCUCUGAGGGGUGAGAAGUGUCUCCAGAUUUCCAGUGAGCAGGAGCCCCAGGAGUACUGCAUGGCUGUGGCAGAGAUUGUAAACAAAGGUGGACAAGCAGCAGCAGUGGAUGGGAAAUCAGUCCAGGAGUUAAAGGUGGAGAAGAAACUUUCUGGUGGUGCUCUUGCUUCGAUUCACUCUUUAUUGGUCCUACCUAAGCGUGUGCCAUGUGAGAAUCCAGGGGAGAUAUUCAUUCUACUGCAAGAGGUCAUGGCCAGCAAAGAUGCAGAGGUGGAGUUCAGUAGGAACAAGCAGAGAGUGCGAGUGAAGCCUGUGAACUGGAAUGAGAGCACACUGAGUGUAACUGCCCCUGACUUUGAUGCUGGAGAUGUGGGUGUGACACUUUACUGUAAAGGCGUAGUUAAAGGCAAGGCCAGCUUACAAUUCUACACCGUCAUGGGAGAUAUUGCCCACUUCCUCGAGCAGGCUGCAGAUCCAGUGAAGUGUAUGUGCCAGGCCUUUCAGGUGUCUUCUUUAGAGAAACUGGAUCAAACUCUGGCUUCUUGUCUGAUGCAUAAAAUGCCAACAGGAGGUUUCCAGGGCCUGCAGUGUGAUCAGUUUCCUGCUGGGGAGUCUCACUCAGAGGACAUCCCUACUCUCCUGCAUUUUGCGGCCCAGCAUGGAUUGCGAGAUCUGACCAGUGCUCUUCUCCAGUGUCCUGGAGCCCUGCAGGCCCUAAAGAUCCCCAAUAGCUGUGGAUACACACCCAUAGAUCUUGCACACAUACAUGGACACAUCCAGCUAUACAUCCUUUUAAAGGAGUCGGUGGGAGACAAUGAUGGCAACACCGACACGGGUGUAUAUGAGCUGAUGGGCAGAACAAAUAAUCUUCAGCUGGCAGAUCCCGAUGAGCAACACCAAAGAGAUGAUGAACGUGAAGAUAUAGAUGAUGAGAAUGUCUAUUCUCCAGUGGGAAGAGAUGACGAAGAGUAUGACACCAUUCUAACAUCCAGCAGUGCUGUAGUAAUAGCGAACCGCCCCCCUGCACCGACCCCUCGGCCUGAGUGUCUUCCCAUCCCAGAUAACAAGACUCCCUUCAUUGCACAAGUAUUCCAGAAGAAAAAGUCCCAAGGAGAUGCUGAAAUACUAUACUCCCUUCCCACAAGACAAGCGAGGGAGAGGGAAAGCAUAUCAUCCACUUAUGACACAUUCAUGCCCAGUCAGGCGCCUGGACUUGACGAGCUGAUCAAACUGCAGGAGCAGGUGAAGACAGGCUCUCUCAGUAUAGAUGAUGCUCUGGACAGAUUCAAUGACUGGCAGAGGCUGCAGAGAGGAAUGGACAGCAUACAACAGGAGAAAAUACAGCAGCUGAGGGCGAGUAUUGUCAACAACAGAGAGGACAAUGAAAGUGUCUAUGAUAAAAUCAGCAUCGUUCAUCACACGCCAACUGCAUCUGAAAAUGAGUGCAGAAGAGCGAGCCAGCAACUGGAGACUGAUUUCUACAGUAAACCUCUAAAAGGACAUCAUUCACAUUUCUUUAAGAAGGCAGACAAACAGUGAAAUCAUCCUGCUUGAGGACCACCGAAUUGAUAGAGCAAACACCAAAGCAGACUUUUAAAGUAUUGCAUGCUGAUAAAUCAGAGUAUGUUAAUGUCCAGUCAAUCAGUGCAUGUCAACUCCUUUGAAUUUCUCAGGUUUACAGUAUAUGGGGUCCUCUAUUGAUGUUUUUGUUCUUACUGUAUUUCUUUUUCUACUUAAAAGGGAUAGUUGAAAAUGAAAAUUCUGUAUUUAUUUUCUCACCCAUACGACUUACUUUCUUCCAUGGAACACAAAAGGAAAAUAUUAUCCUCAGUCACCAUUCACUUUCAUGUUUUUUUCAUUUACAUGAAAGUGAAUGCCAACUGACACUAACAUUCUGCAUUAUCUCUAAUUUGGGUUCUUGGAAGGAGUCUUACAGUUUUGGUUUGGAACAACAUGAAGGUGAGUAAAUGAUGACAGAAUUUUCAAUUUUGGGUGAACUAUGCUUUUAAUGCUUUAUUAAUAAAAAUGGCCACUGUACAUCUGGCAUUUUUCUUCAGCAGAUAUGAAAGACAAUAGAUAUGUACACAUUUCUUCAUAAUUUUGUUACAUUAAUUUAUCAUGAGUUGAAGUUCAAUAAAGAAAACA